AUGUCUGCCCUCUUGCACGAGGCUUCGGGUAGCGUCACCGGCCUGGACAAGGCGCGGGCUUUGAUCGAUGUGCCGAACCCCACUUUGGGUGUGCUGUUUUUCGCCGUUCAUCUGUUUUACCCCCUGCUGUUACUUUUCAUGCCUAUCCCUCUGAUCGGCCCGUUGCUGCCGGAGCUCUUCUUCCUU